AACGAUCACGUUGGCUCGAUUGCAAAUGUAAAUUAGAUCAAAGCGUAAUUGUUAUCUUCAUGGAUUGCGUAUAAACAAUAUGCUUCAGAAGUUAUAAAAUGGGGCUGAUCUAAUACCAUGGAAAAGAAUAUUUGAUAAUAUUUUGUGUGGAGUGACUGGUAUGGUUAACUUAUAUAAUAAUGCACACACUAACAACAUCAUGGGGAAGAUUGCAGUUUUCUCGAAAACGAAUCUUAUAUUUUAUUUUGGGAAUUAUAGCUAUUUUUAUCAUCGAGCGUUCAGGAUUGAUAUUACAUUUUCUUGAAGUUGAUUACAACAAAUUUUCUUACCCCUUAGACAUCAACAUGGAAGAAAUGCUGGCAACCAUAAGAAAAGGGGGAAAAGUUCCUUAUCAACCAAUCAAUGAAUAUAAUUUUCCAUACAGAAUCAGUAAUGAAAAGAAAUGCCUACAAGGUUUCUUAAUGAAAAACCAUGAAAAGGUUGUGAUUUUAUAUGUAAUCAAAUCAGCUACGAACCACAAAAAUAGGAGAGAUGUUAUUCGCAAAACAUGGGGGUGGGAAAAUCGCUUCUCUGAUGUUCUUAUCAAACGAAUAUUUGUCCUCGGUACAACAAAUGAUGUUGCACUGCAAGAUGAUAUUGAUGAAGAAUAUGCUAGAAAUAAAGAUAUUGUUCAAGCUGAGUUUAUUGAUAGCUAUUAUAACAACACUAUUAAAACCAUGAUGAGUUUUAAAUGGGUUGUUCUAAAUUGUCCCAAGGUUCAAUUUGUCAUGUUUGCAGAUGAUGAUAUGUACAUAUCCACGAAGAACUUGCUGAAAUUUAUUCGCAAUCCAUUUAAUAGACGGGUUGGUUUUAGAAAACGUCGCGAUGUAGAAAAAAUUUUACUGAGUAAUCGAAGUAGUUCUAAAGCUUCUGAAGCACCUGAAUUAUCUCAGCAAACUUCAGGGUCAAGUAACUUAAUUUAUAAUUCUAGAAAGUUGUUUGAAUAUGAUCCUGUGUUAAGUGCUUUUGAUGGACGAUUAUUAGCUGGAUAUGUUUUCAAUUCUUCACCGAUGAGACAUAAAUCAAGCAAGUGGUAUAUGCCUCUCUCGGAGUACCCAUAUUCUAAAUACCCUCCAUAUGUGACUGCUGGCGCUUAUGUAUUAUCAUAUCCGGCCUUAGAAGAUAUGUAUUAUACAAGUAUGUUUACAAAACAUUUUCGCUUUGAUGAUGUCUAUUUAGGCAUAGUUGCAAAAAAGUGUGGAAUUUCACCUUUGCAUAAUGAUCAUUUCUAUUUCUGGAGGGAGCCUUAUACCAAAGAUUCUUAUGUUAAUGUCAUCGCAUCUCAUGGAUUUAGCGAUCCAGAGGAGCUGCAGAAAGUAUGGGAUGAGCAGAGAAGUUCAGGCCAUGCUUAGUUGUAAAUUAGGAGUACACAACUUAUGUCCCUUGAAUUGUCAAUGUGGAGCCAACUAUCUUCUAUCUCGAAAUUAUUUGUAAAAUUCCACCUGACUAACAUAAUAUAUUUCAUUUUUUUUUCACUUUUGGCUUUUUAUUUUCUUAUUUAAAUAAAUGUUGAAAAACAAUAUUAUAACUACAAAAUAUAGAAGCGUCAAGAGUUAAAUCUUUUAACAUUUAUAUAUAUUUUUUUAAAGAAAAUGUAUUUCAAGACAAAAUUGUUUCUAAGAUUUAACAAAUAAAUUAUGUAAAUAAUUAAAGACAGUGAAAAGUUAUAAAAUUAAUUUUUCCACAAAGUAAGUUAAAAACCUGGAAUGAUUUAAUUUUGUUGAAAAAGACAAAGUGUGCAAAACCUCAUAUGUUUUUAUAAUUUAAAAAUAAUACGCUUGUAUAGAUAUGUGUACACUUUGUCUCUUAAUUUUUAAAAAACAAAUUAGUCUUGUUCUUACUACAUAAAGCAGAAUAAUUCAGUUUAGAUUUAGAAUUGAAUUUAUUGUGGCAUUCGGAAAUCCGAUAUUUUUCAUCCUGGGGUCCACUUCUAAAAAAAGUUGUAUAUUCCUAUCUUAUUUUGUUUUGCGUAAUGCUUAAGACAAAUUAACAUUCUUACUAUAUUAAACAGCAAAUAAUUAAGAUUUUAUUAAUUAGUAUAAAAACUGCACCACUUCAGGAAAAGUUGUGUACUCCUAACAUGCUUCAGUUCCUUUUUAUGUAGUAAUCUGUUUUGAUCUGUUGAUUUUAGCUUGUUAGUCUUAUAUAAUAUGAGGAAAAAAAAAGUAGGUGCUGCUUAGUCUUAUGUGAUAUUUCUAUAUUUGAUGUUUUUGCUAACUUAUAUGUAAAUAUAAAUCUUAUUAAGACUAAAAAUAAAGAUAACUAUAAGUAACUAUUUUGUUGCUGUUAAAGAUAUUUAUAGUUAAUUGUUGUUUUUAUAAAGACUAUCCUUUGUCAAAACUUUAAGGGAAUUUUUCAGUACUUCUUUUUAGUUUUAUGAAAUCUUUCUCUAAAUUGGUGUUUAUUUUUAAGGUAUUCUAAAUUUACAUUGCUAAAGCCUAGAAAUUAGCUUAAAAAAUUCUUUUGGUAGUUGUUAUUGAGAUAUGUGAUUAUUUUUUAUGAUUAGACAACAGUCUUGUUGACUGGAUUGUUAGACAAGUUUAAAUGCAUUCUAUACAAAUAUGAAAUUAAUUAACAAUUUUUUUAGCUAAUCUUUUCAUUACUUAGAGAAAAAUCUUAAGUUAUUUUUGCAAAAAGUCUUCAUAUGAACACAAGUUGAUGUUAUUAUAAAGAUGAUGUUAACUUUUUCAAAGAUGGAAAAAAUGCAAUUUUCAAGGACACUGUGUAUUUAAUAACUAAAGCAGUUUUGCAGUGGUGCUAAAAUUUUUUUUAAAUAAGUAGUGCAGUAAAAAAGGAUUAAGAAUGUUGUUUUAACAAGCAUUUGCCAUUAAAUAAGUUUAUAAAGUUAGUUCUAGACUCAAUUUAUCAUUAUUUUUCGUAAGUUAUGAAAUCAUUACUUAUUAUAAUUGUAAACUAGUAUAAGCUAGAAAAUUGGACAGGAAGAGGUAUACAUUUUUAUAGUUUUUUUCUUAGUACUUUAAACAAUAGACAUCUUGGUAAAAUUGAAUUUUUUAUUUGCGAUAAACACUAUUUACAUUGACUUUACUUUUUUUAAUGAAUGAAGUGUGUUAUUUUUGUUUCAACUUUAAUUUUCUAUAAAUAUUUAUUUGUAUAUUAUUUUAUCACUCUUAUCUACCAUCUUGUUUGCAGAGGAUCAAAAUUGUAAUGGCAUGCUUUGGAUCAUCCUCAGGGAUGUUUUCCAGACUGUCUCCAAUAGCCCGUUGUGCAGCUCUAGUGCGACAUAAAUGAACUAAACUACAACACUCUCAUCUAAAUACAUAAAAGCUGUUUAUAAAAUGCUAAAUAGCCCUUUUAGUCAAGUUCUUUUAUUUAAUUUCUUUAUCCUAGAUGAUUGAAAUUCCCCCCUCCUCCAUUUACAAUUUCUCUUAACAGAUCAUUAUCAAAGUUUUUAAUAAUAGUUGAAUUUGUAGCAUUACAGAAUUUAUUUUAAUUCUAAACAGCAGAACUUCAGUAAACUACAGGAUAUUGUUCUUACAUGUGUAAGAUCAAUUAUAAAAAUAUCUGAGUUUUUCUAACUAAUAA